AUGGGUGCAAGACAUGGCAAAUAUGAGAUCACAAUUAAAUGCGCUAACAAGCUUAUUUCAAAUGAAAAUAGGAAAUAUCCCGAGGAGUUUGCUCGCUUAUUUCGGACUCCUUCACAGUGUUUAGAAUCAAUUAAAGCACAUGAUGAUGCUAUAAAUGGAUUGGUUUGUAGUAGUAAAAAUGGGGUUGUAUUUUCAGCUUCUGCUGAUGGAAAGAUUAAAGCUUGGAGUAAAGAAGAAAAAAGUUGUGGGGGUACACAUUCACUAAAGGGAAUCUUGGAGGGUCAUAAAGAUGUUUCUUUAAACUCUGUGGUUGUUUCUCAAGAUGGAAAUUUUGUAUACGGAGGGGGGUCAGAUGGGUAUUUGAUGGGGUGGUUGGGUAACAAGAAUCUUGAUAGUUGGAAAUUAGUAUGUGAAGUAAAAGCACGUGGAAUGGUUGCAUUGCGUAUGUGUUUGAUAAAGGGGGAAUUUUUGUGUAGCGGAUCAGCUGAUAAGAGUAUUUGUAUAUGGAAAAGGGAAAUAAAUGGAGGUUUAUUUAGAGUUGGAGUUAUAAAAGGACAUGAAGGUCCAAUUAAGUGUUCUAAUACUCAGAAAGAGUUUUAA